UCUCUUCUCUUCAUUGCAAAACUCAAAAAACCAUCACAACUAAUAAUAUAAUUCAUUCUCUUAUCUUCUCUUCCAGCCGCUUCAUCUUUUACCUAAAACUACAAAGACUAAUCACUCGAGUUAGAUAUGGAUCAUGAUGAGGUCGAGGUUCCUUCAUUCUUUGUCUGCCCCAUAUCAUUAGAAAUCAUGAAGGAUCCGGUAACAGUCUCAACAGGUAUAACCUACGAUAGAGAAAGUAUUGAAAAAUGGCUAUUUUCGAAGAAAAACAUGACAUGUCCUGUUACAAAACAACUGCUAUCAGAUUACACUGAUCUAACAACACCAAACCACACUCUUAGAAGACUCAUUCAAGCUUGGUGUACAUUAAACGCUUCACAAGGCAUUGAAAGGAUUCCAACUCCAAAACCACCAAUCAACAAAACCCAAAUCACAAAACUCAUCAAAGAAGCUUCUCAUUCAUCUCUCACUGUGCAACUUAAAUGCCUGAAAAGACUUAGAUCUAUGGCUUCUGGAAGUGAAACAAACAAACGUUGCAUUGAAGAUGCAGGUGCUGUUGAGUUUAUAGCUUCUAUUGUAAUAAACAAUAGUUGCAACAUUGACUUUGUUAACAACUCUGGAUCUUUAUCAGAGACUAACACUGUUGAUGAAGCAUUAAGCAUACUUCAUAAUCUUCAUGUGUCUGAAGCUGGAUUGAAAAAACUACUGGCUUUUAGAAACGGCGAAUUUAUUGAAUCCUUAACAAAAGUUAUGCAGAAAGGUUUCUUUGAGUCAAGAGCUUAUGCAGUUUUCUUAUUAAAAUCUAUGUCAGAAGUAGCUGAACCAGUGCAGUUACUACAUCAAAAAAUUGAGUUGUUCGUUGAAUUGGUUCAAGUUUUGAAGGAUCAAAUAUCACAGAAAGUAUCAAAAGCAGCACUUCAGACCCUAAUUGCACUCUGUCCAUGGGGAAGAAACAGAAUCAAAGGUGUUGAAGCAGGAACAGUUCCUGUUCUGAUAGAACUUCUGUUAGAAAAUUGCAAAGACAGAAAACCAAAUGAAAUGAUGUUGGUUUUGUUGGAGAAUCUUUGUCAGUGUGCUGAAGGAAGAGCUGAACUUUUGAGACAUGCAGCAGGUCUUGCUGUUGUUUCUAAGAAGAUUCUAAGGGUUUCGACACUUGCGAAUGAUAGGGCUGUAAGGAUUCUGUUGUCUGUUUCAAGAUUCUCUGCAACUCCUAAUGUUGUUCAAGAAAUGCUUAAACUUGGUGUUGUGGCUAAGCUUUGUUUGGUUCUUCAAGUUGAUUGUGGAAGUAAGACUAAGGAGAAAGCAAGGGAGAUACUUAAGAUGCAUGCUAGGGCAUGGAGGAAUUCUCCAUGCAUACCUAGUAAUUUGCUUUCUUCAUACCCCAAUUAUGAGUGAAAUUAAUUAGUGUGAUUUACAUAUAUCAAUUGGGCUAGCUAAUUAAGUAGCUGCUCCUGAUCCUCUAGACCAGAUAAAUUAAAUUUUGAUUUGAAUUUUUUUUAAAUCAUGUACAAAAUUAGUUCGAGAAGACAAUUAGGAAUGAGUGAUAGAGGCAUCAAAUAUUGUUCAUAAAAGGUAUAGCUAGGUUAUUAUAGCAGAUUCCAUUAACUUUGAUGUAAGGUUCUUCACAAUUGAGUUCACUGUGCAACAAAAUAUUGACACAGAUUUUUUUUCCAAUGAUUAUUCCCACUUUAUGCUCA